ACGGCGUUAUUUUUAUUAACUGGAGGCGACGGCGGCUGCGGCGGCGGCGGAACCCGCCUCCUCCGGGGUAUGAAAAUCGGCAGCGGGUUCCUCAGCGGCGGUCCCGGCAGUAGCGGUGGUAGCGGCUCCGGCGGCAGCUCCGGCAGCGGCGGCGGCAGGAGAGCAGAGAUGGAGCCCACCUUCCCCCAGAGUAUGGUUAUGUUCAACCACCGGCUCCCCCCGGUCACCAGCUUCACCCGGCCGGCGGGGACGGCCGCCCCUCCCCCGCAGUGCGUGUUAUCCUCCUCUACCUCCGCAGCCCCGGCCGCUGAGCCCCCCCCUCCGCCAGCCCCGGACAUGACUUUCAAGAAGGAGCCGGCGGCGUCAGCCGCGGCCUUCCCUUCGCAGAGGACCUCCUGGGGAUUCUUGCAGUCCUUGGUGAGCAUCAAGCAGGAGAAACCUGCAGAUACCGAGGAGCAGCAGUCCCACCACCACCAUCACCACCACCACUAUGGGGGGCUGUUCGCUGGGGCUGAAGAGAGAUCACCAGGCCUAGGAGGAGGGGAAGGGGGGAGCCACGGCGUCAUCCAAGACCUCAGUAUUCUCCACCAGCAUGUCCAGCAGCAACCAGCCCAGCACCACCGUGAUGUAUUACUGAGCAGCGGUAGCAGGACUGAUGACCAUGGCAACGAGGAGCCAAAGCAGGACACUAACGUCAAAAAGGCAAAGAGGCCAAAGCCAGAAUCUCAGGGAAUCAAAGCCAAGAGGAAGCCAAGUGCAUCUUCCAAACCUUUGGUUGGAGAGGGAGAAGGUGCCGUCCUGUCCCCAAGCCAGAAACCUCAUAUCUGUGAUCACUGUAGUGCUGCUUUCAGGAGCUCCUACCACCUGCGGAGACAUGUCCUCAUUCACACUGGAGAAAGACCUUUCCAGUGCAGCCAGUGUAGUAUGGGUUUCAUUCAGAAAUACCUACUGCAGAGACACGAGAAAAUUCACAGCAGAGAGAAACCCUUUGGAUGCGAUCAGUGCAGCAUGAAGUUUAUUCAGAAGUACCAUAUGGAGAGACACAAGAGGACACAUAGUGGAGAAAAGCCAUAUAAGUGUGACACUUGCCAACAGUAUUUUUCAAGGACUGACAGAUUGUUGAAGCACAGGCGCACAUGUGGUGAAGCCAUAGCAAAAGGAGCCGCUAGUGCAGAACCUGGGUCAUCAAACCAUAACAAUAUGGGUAAUCUGGCUGUGUUGUCUCAGGGAAAUACAAGUUCUUCAAGGAGAAAAUCGAAGUCAAAAAGCAUAGCUAUUGAAAAUAAGGAACACAAGACUGGCAAAACAAAUGAAUCACAAAUGUCUAACAGUAUAAACAUGCAGAGUUAUUCAGUAGAAAUGCCUACUGUGUCUACCAGUGGGGGCAUAAUUGGCACUGGAAUAGAUGAACUACAGAAAAGGGUGCCAAAAUUGAUCUUUAAGAAAGGAAGCAGAAAGAAUACAGAUAAAAGCUACCUUAAUUUUGUGUCACCGUUACCAGACGUAGUUGGGCAGAAAUCCUUGUCUGGUAAACCAAGCGGCUCACUUGGCAUAGUAUCGAAUAAUAGUGUGGAGACCAUUAGUCUUCUCCAAAGUACAAGUGGCAAACAAGGCCCGAUAAGUAGUAAUUAUGAUGACGCCAUGCAGUUUUCAAAGAAGAGAAGAUACUUACCAACUGCCAGCAGCAACAGUGCCUUUUCUAUCAAUGUAGGACACAUGGUCUCCCAGCAGUCAGUCAUUCAGUCUGCAGGGGUCAGUGUUUUGGACAAUGAGGCGCCAUUGUCACUUAUUGACUCCUCAGCUCUAAAUGCUGAAAUUAAGUCUUGUCACGACAAGUCUGGAAUUCCUGAUGAGGUUUUACAAAGUAUUUUGGAUCAGUACUCUAGCAAAUCAGAAACGCAGAAGGAGGAUCCUUUCAAUUUAUCAGAACCACGAGUGGAUUUACACACCUCAGGAGAACACUCUGAAUUGGUUCAAGAAGAAAAUUUGAGCCCAGGCACCCAAACACCUUCAAAUGAUAAAACAAGCAUGUUGCAAGAAUACUCCAAAUACCUCCAACAGGCUUUUGAAAAAUCCACUAAUGCAGGUUUUACUCUUGGACACGGUUUCCAAUUUGUCAGCUUGUCUUCACCUCUCCACAACCACACUUUGUUUCCAGAAAAACAGAUAUACACUACAUCUCCUUUGGAGUGUGGUUUUGGCCAAUCUGUUACCUCAGUGUUGCCAUCUUCGUUGCCAAAGCCUCCUUUUGGGAUGUUGUUUGGAUCUCAACCAGGUCUUUAUUUAUCUGCUUUGGAUGCUACACAUCAGCAGUUGACACCUUCCCAGGAGCUGGAUGAUCUGAUAGAUUCUCAGAAGAACUUAGAGACAUCAUCAGCCUUCCAGUCCUCAUCUCAGAAAUUGACUAGCCAGAAGGAACAACAGAAAAAUUUAGAGUCCUCAACAAGCUUUCAGAUUCCAUCUCAGGAGUUAGCUAGCCAGAUCGAUCCUCAGAAAGACAUAGAGCCUAGAACAACGUACCAGAUUGAGAACUUUGCACAAGCAUUCGGUUCUCAGUUUAAGUCGGGCAGCAGGGUGCCAAUGACCUUUAUCACUAACUCUAAUGGAGAAGUGGACCAUAGAGUCAGGACUUCAGUGUCAGACUUCUCAGGGUAUACAAAUAUGAUGUCUGAUGUAAGUGAGCCAUGUAGUACAAGAGUAAAGACACCCACCAGCCAGAGUUACAGGUAAGGUCUCAAGAGUGACCAGGCUGGGAGUCUAAUGUAAUUUUGUUUUAUUUUGAGAACACUGCCAUUGGAAUGUUUCUACACGAUCCUAUUAAGAAUAAUGUAAUGCCCUUUCAAUGCAACUUUUCAUAUUUAGUUUAUUUUGUUAGUGUGAUUUUAGCUCUGUUUGUAUUAUGAUUUUUAAUCAAAAUCAAUAGAUUAAAAAUAGUUUGACAUUCAAAGUGACAAUGUUUAGCAAUCAAAUUUACAUGUAUAGAUUGUCAGGGAAUAGCCCAAAAGUUUUAAAUGCAAAAACAAAAAAAAAAUAAAAAAAAAACAAAACAAAAAAAGUACAGGAAAAAAAAAAAGAAAAGAAAAAAAGGAAAAAAAAGAAACUUUGUUGCUAGGAUUAAGGUUAUUCUAAUUGCUUUACUCUCAGGAAAGUGUAAUAACGCAUGGGAAUUCUGUACGUUAUCACCGUAAUGGAAUAUCCAAUUUACAAAUAGUAUGAUACACAUUUCAUUGUUUAAGUUAAGGGAUCUUAAACAUUUCAAAUUGCUCUUUCUGGGCUGAUAGAAUAUACAUUUCAUCAUUUAAGUAAGGGAUCGAAAACAUUUCAAGUGCUAUCUCUAUCUGGGCUGAUCCAAAAUUCUGAGAUUGUUGGCUACCUAUAUUUUGUUGCAGCUUUUAAAUGUACUCCAAACUUCCAAACCCAGAUUCAUUCCAGCUUGGUAGAACAAAUAUUCUUAGAUCUUUGAUCAAAGCCUGGAAUGAUAGCUUUAAUUUAAAAAAAAAAAAAAGAGGAAAAAAAAACCAUCCUCUUUAUCCACCUGUAACAAGGCUGUAAUUCCAUUAAGUGAUUCUGUGAAUGUCUAUCGAGUACAGUGUUAAAAUUAAAACCCAAGUGGUUGGUUGGUUUCAGUAUUAGUAAGUUCAAGACACAUAAUCUAUUGAAAUUUGGGGUAUGCAUUAUUCAUUAUACAUGGCCUAAAAACAUUCUCUUAUUUAUGCUAUUAUGUACCACCUUCACUUCUGGUUUUUGGUACUUGUUCUUAACUUCCUCUUAAAGUUCUGGGCCUUCUUGUUCCUUCUCCCUGUCUUGAUGGUUUCAAUUUUAGAGUGAUUUAUCAUCUAGUAGAUAAUUGAUUAUGCAUUUUAUAUGUCUUAUGGCAUUCAAAUACUAAACAAUAGGGUAAACAUCCCUGACUUUUUUUUAAAAAACAAACCCAAUACAGAUUUCCAUGUACAAGCUAUAGAUGUCACAAGGUUGUAAUCCCACCUGGUGGCAUAGCUUGUGUAACAGAUAAGAGUGUGUAUUUAGUAAUGACAUCAGAACUCUUUGUGAAAUUGCAGCCUUUAAUGUACAUUUUGAAGGGGUGUAUUAGUCAGUAUUGUACAGGGAUCUUGUAAAGUCAUCAAAACUUGCUAUGAACGCUAAUUGCCAUUUGAAGCUACUGAUAGGCAGUGGCUCUGCUCUAAACCACUUUUUAGCAAUUGUAUUUUUUUUCCUGAUUAUAUUUUUUAAUGUACUUUGAUGUUUAUGCUGAUGAGUUUUUAUGUACUUUUGGUGAUGUUUAGUCUUAUGAACUCUUCUGACGUCAGAAAAGUACCACUGGUUGUUUGCAGUCUCAUUGUGUAAUCAGCCUAACACAGGCUUCCAUGUAUAAUAAAGUAAUUAAUAUUGUGCAAGUGUAAAACACUUCUGUUAUAAAAGCAGUGUUUGGAAAAUAAGAAAUUAUUAAAAAUGGUUACAAAAUACUAGUUAAUUCCCUUUUCCCACCUUCCACCCUUUAGCUUUAGUUAGCUAAAGGGUACCAACUUGACAUUAAAAGAUUUUUAGAAAAUGUGUUUAAUUCUUUUAAUACACUCAGUACUAAAAUGUCUGUAUGUCUUAUUAAGUGCAGUAAGUUCUAUUGGAUACAGAGACAAGUGUGAUCAAAGAUGGAGAGGACCUUUACCCCUGUAUCUCUUAAGCUGUAUGAUUUCUCUCUCUCUCUUUUGUUUUAUACAGGUUUUGAAUUUCUUUAACUUUUAUUGUGUGUACUGAAUACUACAUAUGUAUUAUUCUGAUUGUUUGCUCUAGUUUACUACCAAUAAAAGUCCUGUUAAUCACAACAUUGAAGAAAGGAGAUAUCACUUAGUCUCUGUGGAUUACAUUUCAUAAAAUAUUCACGUUAAUGGUAUAAAUUGUAAUUUAGGAGCUUGCAUUUUUAUUGUAUUUAUACUGUAUUUUGUCUUUCUAGGUUUAUUUAAAAAUGCAUUGAAUAUUUUGUUUGAGGUGCACAAUAAUAUAAAGAAUAGAAAUCUAAUGUAAAUUACAUUAUGUUGAAACUAGGCUAACCAUCCUAAAUAUUAGGGAGUUUAUUUAUUGAGGCUUUAUUUUAAAUCAUAUCAAAAUAUUUUUGGCUUAAGGUGUUAUAUAUAUCCUUUUGCCUCAAAGGGUUAUAAUAAAAUUACAGAAUGACGGAUUAA